AUGGCGAUUCUGCACGUCAUCAAUUCGACUGACGCACACUCGCUGUCGCCCUCUUCUCUCCGAGACAAAGAGCUCAAGCAGAGCAGUGACUUUUCUGCAGAGGCUUCAGAGAUGAACGGCCACGACGAGCCUUCUUCGGACGAUGACUACCAUGAUGACCGUAGCGUUGCUUCGGACGACAGCGACUACCAUGAUGGCCGUAGCAUUGCUUCGGACGACGACUUCACAGGCUUGGCUGCGGGUAUGACCGGCGUCGACAUUGAGGAUUCAAACACCAAGAGUGCCUUGAUAGGCGCUGGUAUCACCGACCACGACUUCCGAAAGCUUCGCAGAGAGACUGUCGCAUUCCUGAAGGCCCCAUGCCCCCUCACCAGCACAGUCGAGGUCCUGAACAGCACUGCGGUCGAUCAAGCUCUAUCCAUCCUGGAACGUGUGGAUCGGCACAUCCAAGAUACUGCACCAGUCACGUUGAGCGAGGACGAUAGGGCAGUCAGCUUGACUGAAGCCAAGGUCAGAGAGAUGAACACUGCGGUGGAAACCGCAAAAGUGUCGAUGGUGCUCCUGUCCACAGCGAGAGACGAUGUGGAAACCGCCGACGAGAAGAGGUUGAACAUGGUCUUGCCCCCGGACAAGGCUCUCGAAGACAAGAAGCAUCCAUAUACCAGGGCGAUGGCGGAUUUGAGGAAAAGCGAGACAGCGCUGAAGGAAACUGAGGAAAACUCACCCCAGACGGAGAUAAUGUUCAACGCGUGCAAGGGCUCUCCUGACGUCGAAUCCCGCCUGGCCGACGCCUCCGCGACCGCGGCAAACGAAGUCGGUACCGGAGAUGAGGAGCAUGCGGUGAACGCCUUGAGUUGGGUCGGCUUGGUUGAGUCUGGCUUGGAAGAUGCGGCGGUCGCCUUUCUCUUGGGACCGACGCCGCUGAAGGCGAAAGCUCUGGGCAAGAGAGGGAUUGGGCAGGUGCUGAACGUCAUCGACAUGGUGGAUGAUGAGGUGCACGAUACGGUGCCGGGAGGCUUGACCGCUGCCGAUGCGCAGCACAGUAUGGGUGCUCGGACGUACGGGAAGCUGCAGGAGGAUAUUGAGCAGGCGAAAGCUGCAGUCGUUGCGAUGCAGGACGGAGAAGGAUACGUGCUCGAAGUGGAGGAGAGUACGAUCCGGGAGUGUAUCGAGAAGGUUGGAAGAAAGGCGAAGAAGGUGGCGAUGAUGAAGGCCCGCCGUACGGCCGAUCGGAAGACGUCGGUGGAGAAUGGGGAAGACGCUGCGAAGUACUUGUGGCGUGAGCAGACCGAGUGGCGGGAGGAUGCGAUGCAGAAUGUCGUUGACCUGUCGGUUGUGGAGGCCGCCGCUUUGAGCGACUUCCUUGCUGACCGUCGCUGA